AUGAAAGACUCGUGUCAACAUUGGGAGCCAAAAAAAGAUGAUGACAGUGAUGAAGAUGAUGAUACAGAUGACGAUGAUGAAGAUGUUGACAAGGUCAUGAUGGAUGCUUCAGAUGAUAGUGACUCGGAGGACGAAGAUGAUACUGAUGAAGAAGAUGAUGAGGAGGAAGAAGAUGAGGAGACGCCUAAGAAAGCUGAACUCAGCAAGAAGAAGAGACCCACUGAAUCUGUGAGUAAAACACCUGUGCCUGCUAAAAAGGCAAAAUUAGAUACACCUCAGAAGACAGGUAAUCUGUUUUAUCUUUUUACCUGCUUGAAUUAGAUUUUACUUGAAUUAGA